AAGGCGGAGUUUGAGCCAAAAUGAGGGAAAAUAAGAACAUGUCCGAGUCCCCCUCUCAAGCGGGAAAAGAAAUACCGGCGAAAAAACAAAAACUAAGCAGUGACGAGAACAGUAACCCGGAUUUAUCCGGAGACGAGAAUGAUGAUGCUGUCAGUGUUGAGAGUGGGACCAACGCAGAGCGCCCAGACACACCCACCAACACUGCCAACGCCCCGGGCAGAAAGAGCUGGGGCAAGGGCAAGUGGAAGUCCAAGAAAUGCAAAUAUUCUUUUAAAUGUGUCAACAGCCUGAGGGAGGACCACGGACAGCCGCUGUUUGGUGUCCAGUUUAACUGGCACAGCAAGGAGGGAGACCCGCUGGUGUUUGCCACCGUCGGGAGUAACAGGGUAACUCUGUAUGAAUGUCACUCUCAGGGAGAAGUGAGACUCUUGCAGUCUUAUGUCGAUGCCGACGCCGAGGAGAACUUCUACACAUGUGCUUGGACCUACGACACCAACACGAGUCAUCCUCUGUUGGCUGUCGCCGGGUCCCGCGGCAUCAUCCGGGUGAUCAACCACAUCACGAUGCAAUGUAUCAAGCAUUAUGUCGGUCACGGAAACGCCAUCAAUGAGCUCAAGUUUCACCCGAGGGAUCCAAAUCUCCUCCUGUCUGUCAGCAAAGAUCACGCUCUCCGUCUGUGGAACAUACAGACGGACACAUUAGUGGCGAUAUUUGGAGGUGUGGAAGGUCAUCGAGAUGAAGUCCUGAGUGCUGAUUUUGAUCUUCUGGGUGAGAAGAUAAUGUCGUGUGGGAUGGACCACUCCUUAAAGCUCUGGAGAAUCAACUCUGAGAGAAUGCAGAAAGCCAUCCGUGGGUCUUAUGAGUACAAUCCCUCCAAGACCAACAGGCCUUUCGUCUCGCAGAAAAUUCACUUCCCCGACUUCUCGACCCGAGACAUCCACAGAAACUACGUGGACUGUGUGCGGUGGCUCGGGGAUCUUAUCCUCUCCAAGUCCUGUGAAAACGCCAUCGUCUGCUGGAAACCAGGGAAGAUGGAGGAAGACAUCGACGUCAUGAAACCAAGCGAGUCAAACGUGACCGUUCUGGGACGCUUCGACUACAGCCAGUGUGACAUUUGGUACAUGCGCUUCUCCAUGGACUUCUGGCAGAAGAUGCUGGCUCUGGGGAACCAGGUGGGGAAGCUUUAUGUGUGGGACCUUGAAGUGGAAGACCCACACAAAGCAAAGUGCACCACACUGACGCUCCCCAAAUGCACAUCGGCUAUCCGGCAAACCAGCUUCAGCCGCGACAGCAGCAUUCUGAUAGCCGUGUGUGACGACGCGUCGAUCUGGCGCUGGGACCGACAGCGCUGAACGGUUCCACCUGAAGAAGAAGAAGAAGAACUUUUGGUUCCAUCCUGUCGCCCUGUGUUCAGAUUUACACUGCAAGAAAUGUCUGUUUGAACAUUUAAUAUUACGUGGGGUCUAAAAAAUACAGCAUUUCCUUAAAAAACAACAACAAAGAAGUGAGAAAAGGUGCCGAUGCAGGAUGAGGUGAUUCCUUUAGUUUUUACGAUGAGCUUCGUCAGUGGGAUUGUUCCUUCAUUGAGCCACAACACGAAAGAACAAAAAGAUAGACGUAGUUCCAAAUCAUAGAAGAGUAUUUAGGAGAAUUAAGAUCUAAAUGUUAAGGAACUAUAACAGCAUGUCGGUGACAUGUUUGACUUCAGCCCCGCGUGUGCCUUCUAGAUUUCUAUGCAGUCUCAUCCAUUGAAAGUUAAUAACAGAGACGAGUGGAAUCAUCUCAAUCAACUGCAUUUGUUUUAGGGGAAAUAAGCUUUUAAGAAGCAACGGAUAAAAUGACCAAAGAUGGAUUUUCUUUGCAGUGGGCCACAUCUUACAUUCAUUAGUUCACACACAAAAGAAAUGAAGAGUUGUUCUUUUUCCUCUACAUUCGUUUGUUUGUGUUGAUGACCUCGCUCCUCCCA